UGGAAGGAAGGGUUUAUAUUUCUUUCCCCGUCACUCGCAGCGUUUCUCUUUCUCAUUCUCUUCUCUUUGGCGCUGCGCAGAAGAGAGAGAACGAACGAACGAACCAUACCACCCUUCAAUAAUCUUGUGGCAGUGAGUAGUGAUAUGCAGCAAGGUGAUCCAACGGUCCUAAGCUUGAGGCCUGGUGGUGGUCGUGGCGGUGGAAGCAGGCUUUUCGCUCACUCGUCCUCCUCUUCCUCUCUCUCCGCCGAUCUCCCUCUCUCGCGCCCUCAUGCCUCUUUCUCUCUCAAGACUGGAGAUUCACGGUUUGAGGGUCAUGAGCGUGUGCGAUAUACCAGAGAUCAGCUUUUACAGCUUAAAGAGGCUGUUGAGGUCCCUGAUGAUAUUCUUAAGAUUAAACAAGAUAUAGAAGCUGAACUUUUUGGUGAAGAUCCAAGUUGGGGCCGUGCUGAAAGCAAUCUUCCUCAUCAAUUACAAAAUCGGUAUUCUGAGCCAGAUAACCGUGAUUGGCGUGGUCGUUCUGGACAACCUCCUGCUAGUACAGAUGAGAGAUCUUGGGAAAACCUCAGAGAUAACCGAGAGUUUGGUAAUAGACAGCAGGAUGCUAGUCAGGUUAAUCGCCAUGACCAACUUAAUUCCCAGUUUGCAAGAACACAAAUCUCUUCUAUGCAAGGGGGAGGACCUACUCCUACGCUAGUCAAGGCUGAGGUUCCGUGGUCAGCCAGAAGGGGAAGUCUAUCUGAAAAGGAUCGUGUAUUGAAGACUGUGAAAGGAAUACUCAAUAAGUUGACUCCUGAGAAAUUUGAUGUCCUGAAGGGUCAGUUAAUCGAUUCUGGCAUUACAUCAGCUGACAUCUUAAAGGAUGUCAUUUCACUUAUUUUUGAUAAGGCUGUUCUAGAACCAACAUUUUGCCCCAUGUAUGCUCAUCUGUGUUCUGAUCUAAAUGAAAAGCUGCCUCCAUUCCCAUCUGAAGAACCUGGUGGGAAAGAAAUCACCUUUAAGAGAGUGCUCUUGAAUAAUUGCCAGGAGGCUUUUGAAGGUGCUGAAAAUCUGAGGGAGGAACUAAAAAGGAUGACUGUCCCUGAGCGGGAGAUGGAGCGUACGGACAAGGGAAGGCUGCUCAAGCUACGUACCCUUGGAAAUAUCCGUUUAAUUGGUGAGCUAUUGAAGCAGAAGAUGGUUCCUGAAAAGAUUGUCCAUCACAUUGUUCAGGAGCUUUUAGGAUCCCCAGACAGCAAAUCUUGCCCAGUUGAGGAAAAUGUUGAAGCCAUAUGUCAGUUUUUCAAUACUAUUGGCAAGCAGCUUGAUGAAAGUCCUAAAUCACGGCGUAUAAAUGAUAUUUACUUUAGCCGAUUGAAAGAAUUAAGCUCAAACCUACAACUUGUACCCCGGCUUAGGUUCAUGAUUCGGGAUGUUAUAGAGUUGCGUGCUAGUAACUGGGUUCCUAGACGGGAAGAGGUCAAAGCCAAAACCAUUACUGAAAUUCAUUCAGAGGCAGAAAAAAAUCUUGGUUUGCGGCCAGGAGCAACUGCAAGUAUGAGAAAUUCCCGUGGCGGUGUUCAAGGAAAUGCCAGCUCUGGGGGCUUUCAUAUUGCUCGACCUGGUGCUGGGGGUUUGAUGCCUGGAAUGCCAGGGACCAGGAAGAUGCCUGGAUUUGAUAAUGACAACUGGGAGAUGCCUAAGACUAGAUCUAUGCCAAGAGGAGAUUCUUCAGGAGUUCAAGCUGCUGGAUGCAGCAACUCUGCUUUACUUUCCAAGUCCACAACCCUCAAUUCAAAACUGCUACCUCAAGGUAGUGGUGGUAUUAUAAGUGGAAGAAAUAGUGCCCUAGUACAUGGAGGUGGUACAUUUUCUACUUCCUCAACAAACUUUUGUUUAGGUCCUGAGGCAGCGCCUCAACUCUCUUCACCUGCUCCUGUUCCUGUAUCCUCUGAGAAGCCACAACCUCCAGCUGCAAGAUUGAAUACUGAUGAUCUUUGCCGCAGAACUGUCUCUCUUCUAGAAGAAUAUUUCAGUGUUCGGCUUUUGGAAGAGGCAUUACAGUGUGUGGAGGAAUUAAAAUCUCCUUCUUACCACCCUGAGGUUGUUAAGGAAGCCAUAUACCUUGCACUUGAUAAAAGUCCACCAUGUGUUGAAACUGUUGCCAAUCUCAUUGAGUAUCUGUAUAUUAAGAAGAUUCUUACCCCUUUAGACAUAGGGACUGGCUGUUUGUUAUUUGGUUCUCUGCUGGAUGAUAUUGGCAUAGAUUUACCUAAAGCACCAAGUAAUUUUGGUGAGAUAAUUGGGAAACUAAUUUUGGCUGGGGGAUUGGAUUUUAAGGUGGUGGGAGAGAUUCUCAAGAAGGUGGAUGAUGACAUGUUCCGGAGAGCAAUAUUUGACAGUGUGGUGGGGGCCAUUAGAUCUGCAUCCGAGCAAGCCAUUUUGGAUGCACAAACUUCUGAUAUUGAGGUCUGCCAGAGUCAGCUCAAGUGAAUCAAAAUUUCUGUAACUGGACGAACCUGUCUUCCUUUGCUGCUUUAAAUUUCCAUAUCUUCAUCAUCACUUUUAGAGUAAAAGCAUUUUGUAUUGAAGUAUGUUAUAAAGUGAAGAUUCCAGUUUCAGGUAUUUUUCUCAAGCUGUAAAAUUUUAUUUUUGAUUUUUUGAGAUCUUUGAGAUUGUUUGAGGGAAAAGUCAAACCAUAAAGCUACGGAUUUUAUUUUCCGGUAAGCUAGGUGCCAAGUUUCUCCGAAGGUGUCCCAAUAGGGGUCCAAUGUUUUUGUAUUACAUUAGUUUCAAUUUACUUAUGUUUCUUGACAUGGUAGUUGUUUAACUGGUCAGCUCAUAAAUAUCAUUAUCGUUAUAUGCUCAUUUUUUCGUUU